GUGCUGCUGCCGGUGCAUUAUACAAAUAUCAAUCAAGCACACACCGAAGAGAGCAGAGCGAGAGAGCGUGCAUCUCCACGAGAACCGAGGUCCUUUCCAUCAUAUUAUAAUCAUCACUGCGCUCCAAUACUAUUUGUUUGUUUCUUUCUUUUGCAGUGCAGAGGUGAACACUAGACAAACAUCUCCCAAUGGAAUGCUUCCUUUCCCUUGUCCUCUCUCCACCCGUGUAGAUAAGGAUGCGUGUCUAUUAUGUAUUAUAACGAUCAAAAUACUGAAAAACAUAGAGGCUCUCAAAUCUUAGAUUAGAUUACAGAUAGGUGAUUUCCUCUGGAGAGAAAGGAAGAGGGGCCGAAGAAAAGAAAAGAAAAACAAGAAAAUUGCAAAUGAAGUGGAUGGUGCCUCAAUGUACACCUGACCACUGAAACAUGACGACAUAGAAAGAGAGGUCGCUGCUGGUCGACGCAAUCGAAUCGUUUCGACGAUGGGUCCGCAUCACAGCGGCGACAGCAGCAGCUACCACCACAAUCACAGCAGGCGGCGGCGCACGUUGGACGGAGAUGAUGAGAAUAGUGAAGGUGGUGGUAACGGCGGCAGCAAUGGCGUUUCUGACGGCAGGCAAGGCAAGAGAUUGUCGUCGUCUCUGUUGAUCCCGGGCCUCCCGGACGACAUCGCGCUCAGCUGCCUGGCCCUGGCUCCGCGAUCAGAUCACGGGUCCCUCGCAUGCCUCAACGCCCGAUUCCGCUCGCUGAUCGAUAGCGGCUACCUUUACGGGCUGCGGCAGCGGAUGGGCGUGGCCGAGCACUGGGUGUACCUGGUCUGCGACCCCCGGGGUUGGGAGGCUUUCGACCCGGGCGCCAACCGCUGGAUGCGCCUCCCCCGGAUCCCCUGCGACGACUGCUUCAACCACGCCGACAAGGAGUCCCUCGCCGUCGGCCCCCACCUCCUCGUCUUCGGCCGCGAGCUCCGGGACUUCGCCGUCUGGAGCUACCGCAGCAUCGGCCUCGGCCGGGGUUGGUCCCGGUGCCGCCCCAUGAACCACCCCCGCUGCCUCUUCGCCUCCGCCAGUUCCGGGUCCAUCGCCAUCGUGGCCGGGGGCAGCGACAAGACCGGGACCGUCCUAAAUUCCGCGGAGCUCUACGACGCCGAGACGGGCCGGUGGGAGCUCCUCCCGCCCAUGACCGCCCCCCGCAAGCUCUGCUCGGGCUUCUUCAUGGGCGGGAAGUUCUACGUGGUCGGCGGGAUGUUGGGGGAGGAGGCGCUGACGUGCGGGGAGGAGUACGAUCUGCAGUCCCGGGAGUGGAGGCGGAUCGAGGGGAUGUACCCGACGGCCGGCGACGCGGCCGGGGCUCCGCCGCUCGUGGCGGUGGUCGACGACCAGCUCUAUGCGGUGGAAUACCGCACCAACAGGCUGAAGAGGUACGACAUGAAGCGCAAAAGCUGGGCGGUCGUCGGGAGGCUGCCGGUACGGGCCGACACCUCCAACGGAUGGGGGCUGGCCUUCAAGGCGUGCGGCCGGGAGCUGCUGGUGGUGGGCGGGCAGAGGGGCCCCGAAGGGGAGAGCAUCGUACUCAGCUCGUGGCGCCCCGGUGGAGGAGGAGCUGCUCCGGAGUGGAGGGUACUUGGUGUCAAGGAGCACGCCGGCAUCUUCGUCUACAAUUGCGCCAUCAUGGGCUACUGAGGCCGACCGACUGAUGAGCAUCAUUGCAGCUACUACUACUGCUAACAGGGCCGCCUCUUCCCCUACUCAUCCAUUCUAUUUCUGCUGCAGAUAUAUAUAUAUAC